UACGCGAUCCUCUCGCACGUAUGGGGCGAGGACGAGCAGCUCUUCCACGACACUCCCAGAUACCGCAAAGACAUGCGCCCCGAUCGUCCAAAUGUUCGUGAUACCACUGCGUCCGAGAAGGUCCGUCAGAUCUGCAAGAUCGCGGAACGGGACCGUCUUCGCUGGCUCUGGGACGACACCUGCUGUAUCAACAAGGAUAGCUCCUCCGAGCUCUCCGAAUCGAUCAACUCAAUGUUUCGCUACUACUCCCUCGCCGCCGUCUGCUACGCCUACCUGGCCGAUGUUCCAAUCGAUCGCUUCUCUGACGACUUGAAGGCGCCGUUCGCUCAAAGCAAGUGGCACAGGCGCGGCUGGACGCUUCAGGAGCUCAUCGCAGCCACUGUGGUCGAGUUCAUCUCCGCCGACUGGCAGAAACUCGGCACAAAGAUGGAACAUGCGAGCCUCUUGAGCAGGAUCACCAAGAUCCCCGUUGAAGUGCUCCUGAUGGAGCAGCCCGUGAGCGAUAUCAGUGUCGCUCAGCGCAUGUCGUGGGCCUGCGAUCGGGAGACCACGCGACUUGAAGAUCGUGCGUACUCGCUGAUGGGAAUCUUCUCGGUGAAUAUGACAACUCUUUAUGGCGAAGGCGAGCGGGCGUUCCAACGGCUGCAAGAGGAGAUCAUGAAGCAGACCAUCGAUCCAUCCCUGCUUGCAUGGGGAAGAAUCGAGGCCGUCUCUGUUCACGAUCUGCCCGAUUAUGGAGUAUCUCAUGCGCACGCUGACGCCCGUUCAUAUCUUCUCGCAAGAUCCCCUGACGAUUUUGCUCCACGGUGGUCUGGAAGGACGACGUUGUCGCCAACCAUUUCUCACGCCGUACCUGCAUACUCCGGUUGGAACAAAGUUCCCGCAUGCACCAUGACACCAUACGGCUGCCUUUCUCGCCUCGUUUGCUUCGAUAGGGGCGAGCUCACUCUAGCUUGGACGGCAUGUCAUUUUCAGGAUGAAGACACAGUCGAGACAUUGUCCCUAUGGCUCAUCCUUCAACGCUGCCCUGAUCCACCACCACACGAUGCCAAACCUCUCUAUCACUGUGGUAACAAAUAUGCACGCUUGGCCGCCAUUCGACUAGAUACUCAUCGGCCAUCCGAUCCAUCGUUCGGGCUUCGUAGCGAGGAGCUCUAUAUCGCCCUCUGGCACACGACUCCAAAGAGAACGGCGUACCCAAUUCCUGUAGCGCUCGAGCACGAGCGCAUUCGAACACCGUUCCGGAUCACCGCAGACUCUCUGAGACGCGCGUUUUGGACUGCGGAUGAACGGAUCAAUCUGGACUCUGUACCGACUGUCCGGUUCGACUGGGACGGGCACGUCCCCAUCGCCUUCCAUCUAUCGUUUUCGUCGGGCCGCGGAUCCGUCAAGAAGGGCCUGUGGCUUGUACUUGGAGUCUGUGAUUCGGUGCAGCCUGGCCAGCACUAUGCAAGCUUUCACCCCCACCCGGCUGAGGAAUCGCCGUCGGCAGACGAGUAUCUCACUCACAGCUGCGAAUGGGACCAUAUCUCUACUUGGCCAGAAGGACAGGAUGACCGGGGUCGUCCAGAUGGUUCCCGCAUGUGCCGUAUCGGCAAGGCCGGUCGUUCCUUGACAAUCAUACUUUGCUUUACUCCUUGCCCCGUGUAUGGCCCGGGCGUCCUCGUAUUGGGUCCCGGAAAGGAGCCAGUUGAUAAGGAUGCAUUGGAUAACAGGUACAUCGAUAUCCGGCCUUCCCAUCAACGUCGUGGGAUGUUGACCGAAAAUGACGGCCGCCUGGCGUACGGUGACCAUGAGCCGGAGCUACGGACGCAGAGACAACGUGAUGUUGCGUCUGCUGCGUCGAUGCGCCGACGGCUCGCAUCAGCCCAGCCUACGCCUUCCUCACCUCCGAGUGAAGCCCUCGACCUAGACACACAGGCCGGGCUCGGGGCCGAGAUCAUACUCUCCACCACGCCUCAGGCGACGCACUCGGAUGGAGCGAGGGCCAUGCCACGGCGAUCGGACCGCCGCCUCCAUUCCCCCGAGGUCGCCCACGAUGCCCACCGUUCCCAGUCCCCCUCUGGCGCUGCGCGAAGCCAGGCUCCGAGUCGCCCUAGCGGCAACGCCCGGCAUUCCCCCUCCCCCCGUCGUCCCGCCUCGGAGGCGUCGUUCUCCAACCCCACGGUCCGACGUGGCUCCCGGCUUCCAGAGGCUCCCGAGGACGUCGCGUCCGCACGCGGUUCGCGUCGUCGUAAACCGUGACUUGUCCCGUCUCGAUCCCGCCAUGAAUUCCAUAUCUCGCGUCUCUACAUCGCUUCGUUCGUUGUCCGAGUCGUCCGUUGUACUAGCACGAUAUCCGCGGUCUCUCUGCUCUCCGCCUUCAGAUCGGACAUGGCUUUCGAGUCCCGCCCCAGCCACGUUUCCGUAUGUAUCUCCAAGACUGUACGAUACACGAUAGUCGCACCUCCGUACGGCUCCUCCUAAA